CGCCGCAAGGCGCGACCCUGCGACAAGAUCUGUGUGGGAACCGCUGUGCCCGCGUCCCCUGUCGCCCACAGAGUCUGAUGGCGGCGGCCGCGCUGACGGUACCGACUCAGGGCACUGUGACCUUUGAAGACGUGGCUGUGAACUUUUCCCAGGAGGAAUGGAGUCUACUUAGUGAGACUCAGAGAUGCCUAUACCGUGACGUGAUGCUGGAGAACCUGACACUUAUAUCCUCCCUGGGUGAUUGGCAUGGAAGGGAAGAUGCAGCAGCACCUUCUAAGCAAAGCACUUGUAUACAUAUAUACAAAGACCAGAGAGCUCACCAUGGAGAAAGGCCUUACGAUUGUGAGGAAUGUGGGAAAUUAUUUAGGACCAAGACUUGCCUCACUGAACAUAGGAGAGCUCACACUAAAGAAUGGCCUUAUGAGUGCAGUGAAUGUGGGAAAUUAUUUUGCCAAAACUCUGCACUCCAUGUUCAUCAGUUAUUUCACAUCGGAAAAAAGCCUUAUAAGUGCAGUGAAUGUGGAAAAUCAUUUCGCCGAAGCUCUUCUCUGUUGCAACAUCAGACAGUUCACACUAGUAAAAGACCUUAUGAGUGUGGUGAAUGUGGGAAAUCCUUUAGCCGAAGGUCCAACCUCAUUCACCAUCAGCCAGUGCACACUGGAGAAAGACCUUAUGAGUGUGGGCAAUGUGGGAAAUCCUUUAGCCAAAGAUCUAGCCUCAUUUCACAUCAGAGAGUUCACACCGGAAAAAGGCCUUAUGAGUGUAGUGAAUGUGGGAAAUCCUUCGCUUAUCCCUCUAGUCUUAUUAAACACAGAAGAGUUCACACUGGAGAAAGACCUUAUGAGUGCAGUGAUUGUGGAAAAUUCUUUCGCCAAAACUCUGCACUCCGUGUUCAUCAAAGAUUUCAUACUGGACAAAAGCCUUAUGAGUGCAGUGAAUGUGGAAAAUCAUUUCACCGAAGCUCUUUGCUCUUGCAACAUCGGACAGUUCACACUAGAGAGAGGCCUUAUGAAUGUAGUGAAUGUGGGAAAUCCUUUGCUCAAACCUCUAGUCUUGUUAAACAUAGAAGAGUUCACACUGGAGAAAGGCCUUAUGAGUGCAGUGAAUGUGGGAAAACCUUUGCUGAAAAUUCCAGUCUCAUUAAUCACAGAAAAGUUCACACUGGAGCAAAGCCUUAUGAAUGUCACGAAUGUGGGAAAUUCUUUGCUUACACUUCAAGCCUCAUUAGACACAGGAGAGUUCAUACUGGAGAAAGGCCUUAUGAGUGCAGUAAAUGUGGAAAAUCCUUUGCUGAAAACUCCAGUCUCAUUAAGCACUUGAGAGUUCACACUGAAGAACGACCUUAUAAAUGCAGUGAUUGUGGAAAAUCAUUUCGCCACAGUUCUUCACUCCUUCGACAUCAGAGAGUUCAUACUGGAAUAAGGCCUUAUAAGUGAAACAAAUUUGGAAUAUUCUUUAGCCUAAUCUCUGUUACUUCAAGAUCAGAGUUCAGGUACAAGGCCUUAUGAGUAUAACAAACAGGAUAUUAUUUAGCUAGAACUCUAGCUUCUUUAUACACAGAAGAGCUCCCACUGAGGAAGUGCCUUUUGUGUGCAAUGAAUGUGAGAAAGCCUUCAGCCGUCUCUCACUGGAUCCCAAAACAUUCAUAAAAAAACACCAUAGUUAUACAGGGAACAUUAUUUAUUGUUCAGCGUAACACUGGAGAAGAUCUCUUAUGAGGGUGCCAUCUGCCUGAAUUGAAUGUCAUACAUCAAACUCCUGUAUAAAUUCUAGGUAUGUGGGAGCUGCAUUACAUUAUUUGUCCUCCCUGGUCCCUCGCCAGACUUAUUUGACUGCCAGUUCUCUGGCAAAAGCCAUUUUACCUCUGCCACUUGGCAGGUGCCCACAGUGCAUCUUUCACCUACUCCAGCAUAUUCUGGAAGCAAACCCCAGUUGUCUCGUUCACCAGUGGGAUUUGUGAGUAGCCCUGGACUCAUUCCUUUCUCUC